AUGGUCAGAGCCGGCGGCAUCAAGUGUCAGAACUGCAACUGUUCCCCCGGGCUCUUGUCGCGAAAUAACCGUCGUCUGGUCCGCUUCGCCAAGCAGAUCCAGCUCGGCCGCCUGGGGUCGCAACCGGGGCUGCCUCUGCGGAAAGGCCUGUGCUGGCUGGUAAACCCGCUGACGUUUACUCAGGACAACAAGGAGAUCAACACCAGCUUGCGGCUUGCGGCGUUGCGCAAGCAGAUGGCCGAGCACGGCUUGGCGGUGUACGUGGUGCCGCUGGAGGACCAGCACCAGCUGGAGUACACCGCGCCCGGCGACAAGCGGCGGUCGUUCAUUUCGGGGUUUUCGGGGCUGGCCGGGGUCGCCGUGGUCACGCGGGACAUCUCGUCGCUCAACGAUGAACCGGACGGGUUGGCGGCGUUGCUGACGGACGGGCGCUACUUUAACCAGGCGCUGAACGAAUUGGACUUUAACUGGCGGUUGAUCAAGCAGGGACAAAAGGGCGAGCCUACCUGGCAGGAGUGGGCGGUGGAGCAGGCGGUGCAGAUGGCCAAGGAUUCGGGCAAGGACGCCCACAUCGGCAUUGACCCCCGCAACAUCACCUACGCCGCCUACCAGCUGUUGGCGAAGCUUGCUGAGGAAAAGAGCCCUAAAGACGCUACUGUGGACGUGGUACCGGUGUUGCCGAACUUGAUUGACGAGAUUUGGGAGGAAUUUGAGGACUUGCCGGUGCCGAUUACUGCCUCGAUCUCGACGUGGGAUAUCAAGUACGCCGGCCAGCUGGUGGCGGCUAAGCUCGAGGCAGUGUCGAAAAAGGUGUUUUCCGACUCGGUGACGGCGUUGGCUGUGACGGCGCUCGACGAUAUCGCCUGGGCGCUUAAUCUUAGAGGGCUGGAUAUCGAGUUCAACCCGGUGUUUUUCUCGUUUUUGGUGAUCACUAGGGACGAAACCAUCCUCUUUGUUGAUGAGCCGAGACUCAGCGACGACGCUAAGGCUCAGCUUAAGCUGAACAAUGUCACCCUCAAACCGUACGCCCUGUUUUACACCCACACCCACGAGUUGUCGGCCAAGCUCAAGGAGAAGCAGCAGAAGUUUGCCGUGCUGACAGCGGCCAACUGGGAGUUGGUGCGUCAACUUGACUGUGAAUUCACCCAGAUGCCGUCGCCGAUCGAAGCGCUUAAAGCGGUGAAGAACGCUACGGAGAUUGCCGGGGCGAGACUGGCCCAGGUGAAGGAUGGUCGGGCUAUCAUUAAGUUGUUUGCUUGGCUUGAGAACGAAGUGAUUAAGAAGGAAGAAAUGAUCGACGAAGUCACUGCCGACGAAAAGCUCACUGAGUUCCGCAAGCAGGAACCAGGAUGGGUGGGCCAGCUGUUCGACACCAUCUCUGCCACUGGCGCCAACGCGGCGGUGAUCCACUACAAGCCGGUCAAGGGCGCGUGCACCACCAUCAACCCAUGUAAGCUUUACUUGUGCGAUACUGGCUCCCAGUUCCUUGAGGGCACCACCGACAUCACCCGGACCAUCCAUUUCAGCGAGCCGCUGGCCGAGGAAGUCACUAACUACACCUUAGUGCUCAAGGGGAUGGUGGCGUUGGCCCGGCUCAAGUUCCCCGAGGGCGUGCUGGGAUGUCAAAUCGAUGCCAUGGCCCGCCAGUUCUUGUGGCAACAAGGGUUGGACUACGGCCAUGGCACUGGCCAUGGCAUUGGUGCCUACCUCAACGUCCACGAAGGCCCCGUGAGCAUUGCGGCCCGGGUGCCGUCGAAGGCGGUCCCGUUGGCUCCGGGUAACUACUUGAGUAACGAGCCCGGUUUCUAUAAGGACGGCGAGUACGGUAUUCGUAUUGAAAACGACAUGUUUGUCGUGCAAUCGAGCGAGACCUACAACAGCAAGCAGUUCCUCAAGUUCGACACCGUGUCGCUUGUGCCCUACUGCCGCAAGUUGAUCGACGUGUCGUUGUUAUCCGCGGACGAAAUCACCUGGCUCAAUGACUACCACCAGCAGUGCUGGGAAGCUUACGCCGACUCGUUUAGCCGCGACUCGCUCGAGUUGAAGUGGUUGAAGCGGGAAACCGCCCCAUUCAAGAAGUAG